AUGUCAACUAUAUGUUAUUUAGUUGAUAUGAUUUCUAUUUUGAUAAGUAGUGAUGAUGGCUGUCAAAACUGGCAAGCUGGUGGAACUGUUUUAACUUUACAAGAAAAUCAUCUUGAACACAAUAAUUUACAGAAGGGACCUUCCUGUGAACUUACAAAUUCACCAGAAAUGGCAAAAACUGGCAGUAGAGAUCCUUCUUCAUCCAUCGUAAUCUUUUCUCUGGACACUGAUGUCCUUGUGAUUACCGUCACCCAUGCAUUAUCAACAAAACGCUUUGUAGAAUUAACACCUUCAAGGCGAGUAGAUGUUCAAAUCUUAGGAAAAGAUAAAAGUAAAGCUCUUGCUGGAUUUCAUGCUUUUACUGGUUGCGAUACUGUAGGAAGUCAGUCUGUAGAAGAGGCAAUGUGGAAGAGAUUUUGCAGGCAUCCUGAUCCUGAACCAACUAAAGGUUCCCUAAUCCAGCAUCGUUUAAGAGCAAACAUUUAUCUGCAGGUGAAACGCAGUGAACCACGAACCGCGUGUGUUAGACCCAUUAAUGGGCGGGUGAACUAA